GUCCCCGCUGAGCCCGCGCCCGGCUUGGGCGCCGCCCGCCACCAUGGUGCAGAAGUCGCGCAACGGCGGCGUGUACCCUGGCCCGAGCGGGGAGAAGAAGCUCAAGGUGGGAUUUGUGGGGCUGGACCCCGGCGCGCCUGACUCCACGCGCGACGGCGCGUUGCUCAUCGCCGGCUCCGAGGCCCCCAAGCGCGGCAGCAUCCUGAGCAAGCCGCGCGCGGGCGGCGCGGGCGCCGGGAAGCCCCCCAAGCGCAACGCCUUCUACCGCAAGCUGCAGAAUUUCCUCUACAACGUGCUGGAGCGGCCCCGCGGCUGGGCGUUCAUCUACCACGCCUACGUGUUCCUCCUAGUCUUCUCCUGCCUUGUGCUGUCUGUGUUUUCCACCAUCAAGGAGUAUGAGAAGAGCUCGGAGGGUGCCCUCUACAUCCUGGAAAUUGUGACCAUCGUGGUAUUCGGUGUGGAGUACUUUGUCCGGAUCUGGGCUGCAGGCUGCUGCUGCCGGUACCGUGGCUGGCGAGGGCGGCUGAAGUUUGCCCGGAAGCCGUUCUGUGUGAUUGACAUCAUGGUGCUCAUCGCCUCCAUUGCUGUGCUGGCUGCCGGCUCCCAGGGCAACGUCUUCGCCACUUCUGCACUCCGCAGCCUGCGGUUCCUGCAGAUCCUGCGGAUGAUUCGCAUGGACCGGAGGGGGGGCACCUGGAAGCUGCUGGGCUCUGUGGUCUACGCCCACAGCAAGGAGCUGGUCACUGCCUGGUACAUCGGCUUCCUUUGCCUCAUUCUGGCCUCAUUUCUGGUGUACUUGGCAGAGAAAGGCGAGAACGACCACUUUGACACCUACGCAGAUGCACUCUGGUGGGGCCUGAUCACCCUGACGACCAUUGGCUACGGGGACAAGUACCCCCAGACCUGGAACGGGAGGCUCUUGGCAGCAACCUUCACCCUCAUUGGAGUCUCCUUCUUUGCUCUUCCUGCGGGCAUUUUGGGGUCUGGUUUUGCCCUGAAGGUCCAGGAGCAGCAUCGGCAGAAGCACUUUGAGAAGAGGCGGAACCCAGCGGCCGGCCUGAUCCAGUCUGCCUGGAGGUUCUACGCCACCAACCUGUCGCGCACAGACCUGCACUCCACCUGGCAGUACUACGAGCGCACGGUCACGGUGCCCAUGUACAGCUCUCAAACCCAAACCUACGGGGCGUCCAGACUCAUCCCGCCGCUCAACCAGCUGGAGCUGUUGAGGAACCUCAAGAGCAAGUCUGGACUUACCUUCAGGAAGGAGCCCCAGCCGGAGCCAGCACCCAGUAAAGGCAGACCGUGCCGAGGGCGCCUGUGUGGAUGCUGCCCCGGACACUCUAGUCAGAAGGUCAGUUUGAAAGAUCGUGUCUUCUCCAGCCCCCGAGGCACGGCUGCCAAGGGAAAGGGGUCUCCCCAGGCUCAGCCAGUCCGACGGUCGCCCAGCGCUGACCAGAGCCUUGAGGACAGUCCAAGCAAGGUGCCCAAGAGCUGGAGCUUUGGGGACCGCAGCCGUGCACGCCAGGCUUUCCGCAUCAAGGGCGCCGCAUCCCGGCAGAACUCCGAAGAAGCCAGUCUUCCUGGAGAGGACAUUGUGGAGGACAACAAGAGCUGUAACUGCGAGUUUGUGACCGAAGACCUGACCCCCGGCCUGAAAGUCAGCAUCAGAGCUGUGUGUGUCAUGCGGUUCCUGGUGUCCAAGCGGAAGUUCAAGGAGAGCCUGCGGCCGUAUGAUGUGAUGGAUGUCAUUGAGCAGUACUCGGCAGGACACCUGGACAUGCUGUCACGCAUCAAGAGCCUGCAGGCCAGAGUGGACCAGAUCGUGGGGCGGGGCCCGGCGAUACCGGACAAGGACCGACCCAAGGGCCCAGCGGAGGCAGAGCUGCCAGAGGAUCCCAGCAUGAUGGGGCGUCUCGGGAAGGUGGAGAAGCAGGUCUUAUCCAUGGAGAAGAAGCUGGAUUUCCUGGUGAACAUCUACAUGCAGCGCAUGGGCAUCCCUCCGACCGAGACUGAGGCCUAUUUCGGGGCAAAGGAGCCAGAGCCUGCACCGCCAUACCACAGCCCCGAGGACAGCCGGGAGCACGUGGACAAGCACGGCUGCAUCAUCAAGAUCGUCCGCUCCACCAGCUCCACUGGCCAGAGGAACUUCUCAGCACCCCCUGCGGCGCCCCCUGCCCAAUGCCCACCGUCCACCUCCUGGCAGCAGCAGAGCCACCAGCGCCACGGUGCCUCCCCUGUGGGGGACCACAGCUCGCUGGUGCGCAUCCCACCUCCACCCGCACACGAGCGGUCACUGUCUGCCUACAGCGGGGGCAACCGGGCCAGCACGGAGUUCCUGAAGCUGGAGGACACCCAGGCCUGCAGGGCUCACGAGGGCGCCCUGCGGGACAGCGACACGUCCAUCUCCAUUCCAUCUGUGGACCACGAGGAGCUGGAGCGCUCCUUCAGCGGCUUCAGCAUCUCUCAGUCCAAGGAGAACUUGGAUGCGCUCAGCAGCUGCUACGCAGCUGUGGCCCCGUGUGCCAAGGUCAGGCCCUACAUUGCGGAGGGCGAGUCUGACACAGACUCGGACCUCUGCACGCCCUGCGGGCCCCCGCCACGCUCAGCCACCGGCGAGGGCCCCUUUGGUGAUGUGGGCUGGGCCGGGCCCAGGAAGUGAGGCCACCUGGCUGGCAGCCCCGCCUGUGCCACCCUCCAGCUUUGCCUCCUGGUUUGUGGCUGGAGUCCUUGGGCUUUCUCCUGAGGUGAUGUGGGCUGUGAGGGUCCCUGGUGGGUCUGGCCCCGGGGGCCCCCAAGGGUGACUGGUGCACAGGGUUUUUGGCUCUUGCAGUGUCAUUUUGCAGUUCUUUUCCAAGCUGGGCUGGAAGACUGCG